UUAAGAAAGAAAAUGGCACGGGUGUUAAAUGAUUUAUGUCGUGCAAUAUGCAAUAAAUUGCACGAAGAAAAUAAGUACACUCAAUUCCUCGAAAGAAUAGAAAAUAAAUUGAAUUGCAGAAGAGAAUAUUUCUUUUCUGGAUAAGAGCCAUUGAGCAAAGAAAUCGAAGCAGAGUGAGAAAAAUGUUAAUAUAUUGGACUAUUUUUGGAAUUGUACGGUUUUCCGAAUGCUGUUUUAUUACCGGUAAAAAUCUGGUUCCAUGCUAUUGGAUAUAUAAAGUAAUUUUCUUGAUGAUGUGUUUUCUUCCAGCAUCAAAUAAUUUUGCCACGUAUAUUUACUGUAACCUUCUGUUGCCGAGAGUUCAGAAUUCUUUCAUUUAUACACUUGCUGAAGAUGAAGACGUGUAUACUGUUUCAGCAACAGAAGUAACCUUAACACCUACGGGAAUGCCUACUGAAAAUAUGUUACCUGUUCAAGCACAGAGAGCUGAUUUACAGAAAUCAACGACUGGCAAUACCAUUUCAACUCAUAGAGAAAUGCCUUCGUCUUUUUUAGAAGCACAGGGCACGGAUGAAGUAGAUGUACAACUAUCCAAAGCAACACUUGAAAUGACAAUUCCUUCAAUUUUGAUGCAGGCAGAAGAGGAUCCUUUCACCAUAUCUAGUCAAAGAAAAUCGUGGGUCUCCUUUAAGCUGGCUCCAGAAGAAAGAAGAAUUUUGUCAGAGGAAACGAGUGAACAGAUAACUACCAAAGAAGCAACCGACUCGGCACCAUUUCAGGAUGAAUCUGCUAGAAAUUCAAUGCAGACGAGUGAAAGUGUGUCAGGGAUGUCUUCAAAAAUUCAUAAACUAAGUGGAGAAUUUCAAGAAAAUGAAUUUGAUAUACCUCAUGUAACAAUAAUUCCCCGUUCUUCUGGAAGAGAAACUACAGUUCAGAAAGAAGAAAGUACAAUUGCUUCUGUACACACAUCACCAUUCUUUACUGAAAGAACAUCAACAAAACUUCAAGAAGUUACUUCUAAAACAGCAUCAUCAUCUUCAAGAAAGGCAUCCACAACAACUCAGGAAACAGAAACUAGAAUGCCCUCUGCACAAGCAUCUCCUGUUUCAUCCAGGAAGACAUCAACAGCUCAAGAAACAGGAAUAAAAAUAUCUUCAGCACAACCAUCUUCCUCUUCUUCACGAAAAACAUCAAUUCAAAAUGGACCAUCAAAAUCUAAUUCCGUGCAAAUCACAGAUGAAAGAACUCAUCGUGCAUCAUCCACAUCUUCAAGACAAUCAUCAAUUAAAGAGUCGAGUGAAACACAGAUUCAGGAAGAUGAAGAACCACAUUAUGUUUCGAAACAAACAUCAAUCAAGACAGAUGACUUUCCAAAUUCUGUGGAUGAAACAAAAGAAAUGCAAUUAGAUGAAGAGUUAUUGGAAGAAUCAGUCGGAAAAAUGAUUCCUUCGGCUAUGGCGUUAAACAGGCUCGAAACAACUAUAAGAGAAACAAAAUCAGUAGAUGAAUAAAGUUUAAGAACUGUUCAUCAUUCAAAAAAUUAUUAUCUAAUUAGUUAAUCUACUUUUAUUCAAAUUAAAAUUUUAAACUAAAAAAAAAAAAAGUUUUAUUGUGAUCACUCGCAAUGAAAUUUCAUUGUGAAAAUAAAUAAAUAUCAAAACUACAAAUAUAUUUUAAAUAAUGUUAAUAUCAUAUAAUUCAAAAUUAAAAUAUUGUCUUUAUUAACAUGUAUUUGUUUCACAAUUUUCCUUUAUAUGAACAUCAAAACAUUCAUUUUCUUGUCUGCAAUGGCAUAAAACUGUGGCCAAAAUGCAGCUUGCAAGCCAUAUUUUGGCCACUGUAAUUAUAUCGUCUGAAAGUAUUAAUUUUCUAUGUAGUAUUUGCUUUGAGAAAGCCGUCUGUAUUCAAUUUUCUCCUCUUUACAUGCAAUUGUUUGCAAAUAAAGAGUAGAAAACACAUCUUACUUAUUAAAUCUGAGAUAUUAAACAUAAAACAGUUUUAAAUUUAAUGACAUUAAGCAUUGUAAAACGUUAUUAACCUCUAGGACAAAUAUAAUUAACAUUUUGGGAAAAUUCCAGAAUGAAAAAGGAAAAAUGAUAGAAAAAGAUGUGGUUAGCAAGGUCAAAUACAUCAUUUUGUCAAGACGUAUAUCACGAAUAUGCAGUAAUCAUCAUUUGCAUGAUGCGUAAUGCAAUUUGUUUCAUUUGAAUAACAUAAGAGGUUCUUAAAAUUUUUAAAUUAAUGUACUGUAUAUAUUAAUUUAAUGAAAGAUGUGAGUACAAGCUAAUAACUGAAUUAAUGAUAAUUUAUUGUAUUGUAACAUAUAAAUUUAAAGAAAAAGUAAUUUUUGCUUUUAAAUAUAUAACUUUUCAAUAAUAUUAAUUAAUUAUCUUAAACUUCCAACUGUAUUGGAAUGACAAUUGUUUUGUUGCACCAAUUACAGUUUGAUAAGUUUCAUAUCUCCAUCAAUUAGAAGUUUGAGACGAUUAAUUAAUACAUUAGAGGUAAGCUUAUAAAAUAGAUUAUUGAAAAUUUAAUUAUAUUAUAAACGGUAAGCAAUAAAUACGGUUUGAU